CACGGAGCUGUUACCGCUGCUCUCCGCCCACUCGCGCUGCGCUGCUGCGAAAUCAAAGCAGCCUCCUGCGCAGACGGCAGCGCUCUGAGACGGACAGACUGACAGACUGACAGACAGCAGGAGACAGCACCCUGUAUCAGGAUGGAUGUCUCGGAGGAGGACGACUACUACUACCACGGAAACGUCAGCUUUAACUUCAGCUACGAUGACUAUCCAGCCCUGUGCGAGAAGGGCGACAUCCGGUCCUUCGCAGCCCUCUUCCUGCCCAUCAUGUACACUGUGUGCCUGGUGGUGGGGCUGGUCGGCAACGCCCUAGUCGUGGCCGUAUACGCCUACUAUAAACGCCUGAAGACCAUGACGGACGCCUUCCUGAGCCACCUGGCCGUGGCCGACCUGCUCCUGCUCUUCACGCUGCCUUUCUGGGCUGCUGAUGCUGCAAGGGGCUGGGAGCUGGGGGAGGUCGUGUGUAAGAUCGUGUCGGCCUGCUACACGGUGAAUUUCACCUGCUGCAUGCUGCUGCUGGCCUGCAUCAGCUUGGAUCGCUACUUAGCGUUAGCCAGAGCGCAAGUUAAAGGUCAGGGAGGGCGGCUGCAGAGGGUGUUCUCCAGGAAACACUGCUGGAAGGUGUGUUUGGCUGUGUGGGCGACAGCUUUUCUCCUCGGUCUUCCUGAUUUAACGCUGUCAGAAGUGAGGUGGGCGUCUAACAGGAACAUCUGCGUGGCCAUCUAUCCCCCCUCUAUGGGUCGAGGCGGUAAAGCUGCUCUGGAGGUGGCCGAGGUGUUGCUGGGAUUCCUGCUUCCUCUUGUGGUCAUGGUGAUCUGUUACGGCAGCGUGGGCCGAACGCUAAGCGGCCUCCCCAUAAGGAGCCGAGGCAAGAAGUGGAAAGCUCUGCGUGUUCUUCUAAUAGUCGUAGGGGUGUUUGUGGUCACUCAGCUGCCGUAUAACGUGCUGAAGGUGUACCGUGCGAUGGAUUCAGUCUACACUUUAGUGACUCACUGCGGGACAAGUAAAGUGCUGGAUCAGGCUGCUCAGGUGACAGAGAGCCUGGCCCUCACUCACUGCUGCCUCAACCCCAUCAUCUACGCAUUUGUAGGGUCUUCGUUCAGGCAGCACAUGAUGAAAGUGGCCAAGAAGUUUGGAGAGAACAGAAGGAAGAGGAGCAGAAGAAGGGAAACUCCUGCAGAAGUGUUCAGGAUGGAGAUGUCAUGUAACUCCCACAGUGCAUCCCAAGCGACAAACACAUUCUCAAUCUGAGUUGUGAUUAAUACACCACAGCAAAAGACGCCUGAGGUUCUUCUUUGGUGUAGUGCUGUUGAGGAAAAGAGCAGCAGUAGCAUGUUUGAAAGUCAUUAAGUUGUUUAAAAAAUUCCACUGGUUUUAACACUCAGUUCCCUCCACAUCAAAAACAUGAGGUUACGCUCAACAAGUCUUUUUCUAUUGAAGCUGACUUUCACAGAAAAUAGUCUUGUUUGCUUUCAAACAACAAAGCAUUUCACAUUUCUGUCUAUUGUGAGUCAUAAAUGGAAAAAAAAGGGUUUAUGUUCUAAUCAUGAAAGAGCACAAUGUCCAUAUUUUACAAUAACCAUGACAAUAAGCACUGUAAAUAGAAACUUUAGGAAUAUUUUAAGAUUCUGUUUGUGAUUUUUAUGAUUUAUAAACCAUAAUCAGCAAAAAAAAACUGUAACAAUCUAAAAUAUAUAUUCAGUUUUGACUUUCUUAAAUGACUGAUGGAAAAUGACUUUCUUCAGCAUGUUCUAAUUUUUUGAGAUGCAUGAGUAUGUUGGCAUCUGACCCAAAAGUCUGCUAAUUGCUCCGCCCACGCUGUACAAAGUACAAAUGACAUUCAUUCUUUAACUUCUUACAUAGAAGGAAAAACAAGAUCUGCUUUUAAAACUAUGUAACAGCUGGAACUCUUCUCUGUUGAAAAACAACUCUGUAACUGCAAGUUGUUAAAAGGAUGCUUGUUUUAAUUAUAAUCAGCCUGAUGUGUAGAUUCUUUAAACCAGAUACUCAUGCCUGCACCUGUGAAUCAGUGAGGGAACAUACUGAUCCUUUGAUAUUGUUCCAGUUGAACUUUGUGCUCUCUGAUCUUGCGUUUUCUUUCUCAGUUCAAGAUGACUGACUUUCUGAAAAUUAAAAGAUAACAGAUCACAAAUAAUCCACACCAAAGCAUUUACCUCCGGUGGGAUUUAGCUCCAUUUGAUGUAGAAAAAGCAUUUGGAGUUUCCACGAAUUCCUCAGACCAUCUGAAACGCAUACUUUGUGGACACGUACGCCUGAGUUUUUCCUCACAACAGACUGAAACUUCCAGUAAUUUUUAUUUUUAUGAGGUGAUGAUGAAAAGUUGAUAAUCAGACUUUUUCACUACAAAUGUGUUUUUUUAGCACUGAUUUAAGAUGACAACAUUUAGUACCAGCGUGUAGCUGCACAGAGGAGCGAUGGACGUUUUCUAAUCUUUAGUGUUGUUCUGCAGUAUUAGCUUCAUCUACUGUGACAGACGUAAACACAGCACUGCUGAAUUGUCUGAUGCAACUAGUUACUUCUUUCUUUUCAACCUGUAUCAUAUGGUUUGUCAUAUCACUGAUCUCUCUUAUAAAAUGUAUUAAAGCUGGUGUUCACACUU